AUGCGAGGUCAGUGGAAUGGGUUACAAGCUUUGUUUCUCAAAGAAUGCAAAUAUGCUUAUUAUGUUCAUUGCUUUGCACAUUGCCUUCAGUUAGCUGUUGUAAAGACAGCUGAAACGAUGGGUCCUAUUUGGAAAUUCUAUUCAAUGUUAACAUCAACAGUUAAUCUCGUUACAGCUUCUUCUCAUCGUUUUGGUGACUUUCAAUCUGCCCAGGAAGAAGAAAUUGAAAAAGGGUUAGCUAAUGGUGAACUUGAGACAGGAAAAGGGGCAAACCAAAUAGGUACUUUGCGUGGUGCUACAGGUACUCGUUGGAGUUCUCAUUAUGGUUCUGGAUGCAGUCUGAUUGAUAAGUUUGAAGCAACUUGUACAACAAUAGAUCAUAUUGGCGCAAGUGAUCCGAACGUGACUACUAAAGUUGGUGAAGCUCAAAGUAUUUAUGAAGAAAUGAGAUCAUUCAGGCUUGUCUUUGUCUUGCAUUUGAUGUAUAAAAUUAUGGGAAUUACUGAAAUAUUAUGCCAAUUCCUACAAAAGAAAACAUUAGACAUUGUUAAUGCUAUGUCUUCAGUCUCAACCACAAAAGCUCUACUUCGAGAAUUGAGAGAAGACGGUUGGGAAGAUUUUAUUACAACUGUGGUUAAAUUUUGUGGUAGAUAUGAUGUUCAUAUACCUAAUAUGGAGGCUCGCUAUAUGGAGGGUACGGGUCGUUCUUGUCAGCAGCGUGAUAAUAUCACAGUAGACCAUCAUUAUCGUGUUGAUAUAUUUAAUGAUACAAUUGAUUGUCAGUUGUUAGAGGUUGAUCGUAGGUUUCCAGAAGACACAAUAGAAUUACUAAUUCUUAGCUCAUGUUUGGAUCCUAGAGAUUCUUUUAAGUCAUUCAAUGUGGAUAGUCUUUGUGAUCUUGCUAAGAAAUUCUACCCUCUGGAUUUCAGUCCGCAACAGGUAUAUAUUUUGAGAAAUGAGUUACAACAUUAUGGCCAUGAUGUAGUUAGAGAUUUGAAUUUUGAGAACUUAUCAAGUGUUUCUGAGUUGUGUCGGAAGAUAGUAGCUACCAAGAAGGCAGAAGCUUACCCAAUGAUUGAUAGGUUGAUUCGUAUUGUAUUGACUCUUCCAGUUUCUACGGCAACUGCAGAAAGAUAUUUUUCAACAAUGAAAUUGGUUAAAACAGUUGCUCGCAACAAGAUGGAAGAAGAUUUUCUUAGGGAUUGCAUGAUGAUCUACAUCGAACGAGAAAUUGAAGGAGCUAUUGAUAUUGAUUCAAUCAUAGAUGAAUUUGACGACAUGUACGAUCGCAGGGGUAUAUUGGUUACCAGUACUACGGAAUUGAUUGUAAUACUCUUGGAAAAGAACCAUGAUAGGUAUGGGAUAUGCUAUCAAGCCUAUAACAAUUUUUCAACAUUUGAAUGGUCUGGAUUGCUUAUUGGAAGUUCAGAAACUCUUUAA